UGUUUUUUCAAGUAUUCUGCAGCGUCUUUGCGGAUAUCCAGACCGCCCGGUCCUUCCUAGCAAAUCUCACCCCCUGGCUCUGCGCAGGUCCACCGCCGGCUACCGCGUCAAGCACCGCGUGAAACUAGAGGACGUCUGGCUCCACGCGUUCCGAGAUGAGGCAGAGCGCGACGAGGGGACGGCGGGGGACGCGGAUAUGAGCGUGACCCUCGCAGUGGCUUGGGGCCUCACUUUUUGUCUGGUGUGUUUUUGCUCCCCUGAGGUGGCGGCGCGCUGGUUCGAUACCCUCCACAGUAAAACAGAAGAAGCGAGAGCCAGGGCCGGUUGCGCUUCUCCUUGUCCGGAGAUCCUCAUGAAGGUUUUCGGUGGCAACAUUGCAACGAAAAAUCUCAUCGGAGGCGGCAUGGAGCAGUUUGUCAACUUUGAUGGAGAUGCAAACACUUCGGCCGUGCCCCAGUUGUCGGACAACCAGGACGGCAAGAUGGUGCACACGCUCGAAACGAAAUGGAGCUUGAUGAAGACGCUGAAGAAGGGCUCGAGUUUCAUCGGCAAAGCAAGUCACCCGGACGGCAAGACUCAGCUCUUCGGGCGGCCCCUCUGCAAAGUGUGCCCGGAUGACGGCUCUCUCCCGAAGCCCGUCACGGAGAUGCUGGUGUUGCUGCGGAAAAGGGGGCCGUCCACGGAGGGAGUGUUCCGGAAGACUUGCCACAACAAGAACAUGAAGGAGGUCCGGGACAGGCUCAAUGCCGGCCUGCAAGUGGACAUGGAGGCCCAGCCCGUCGGUCUCCUGGUGGGGCUGCUCAAAAAUUUUUUGAAAGAACUUCCCGGGAGCCUGCUGGUUUGUGAACUUUACCACGAGUGGAUGACUGCGAUGCAGAUGGAGGAAAGCCAGCAGAGAGAGCGAGAACUCAGAAGGGUGGUAAACAAGCUCCCCGGGCCCAACAAGCUCCUCCUGCAGCACCUCGCCUGCGUCCUCCAUCACAUCCUCGAGAACGCCGACCACAACAAGAUGGACGCCUACAACCUCGCGGUGUGCAUCGCCCCGACCUUGCUGCAAAUGGAGGUCACGCCGCUCGAAGAGCAGAAGGAGACCAUGAAAAAGGUCACAGAGCUCACGCAGUUCCUGAUUCAACACUGCGAGAUCCUCGGAGAGAAUAUCCCGCACCUCUUGGAUACCGAUGAAGACUCCGUCUCCUCCCAGCAUCACGACUCGGCGUACGACAGCACCGAUCCGGACGGAGAUGGGGACGCCGGGGGCAGCGGUUCGUCUCCCUCCCUCAACCUCACCAUUUCGACGUGUUCGUCGGAUGCGAUCUUCAUUUCCAAGCCUGCCUUCAACCGUCGCUGCUCCGAGCCCAUCAUUCUGCCCUCGGGCGACGCGUCGAACCUCUGCGGCCAUUCCAGGAGCCAUGACGACUGCUCUGUCGAGAACUUUGCAGAGCAACCUUUAAAAAAGCCAAUCUCUGAGGAUUCCUUCUGGCAAACGGCACAGAGAGGAAACCAGCGGCCCGGUUUGUCUUCUUCAAAACUGAGCAGCUGCUCUAACAUGGACCGGCUUAGCUACAACAGGAUUCAAGUCACGGGCUGCUCCAGCUCUUCCCUCGACAGCGCCGCCUCCAACCAAUCCGAGGGCUCCGUGUUCACCAGCUCUCCGCCGGGCUCGCCGCCGUGCUCCAGGAGAACCGGCCGCAACGUCGCGGCUCCUCCGAGGCCCGAGGAGGACUCGCCGCCGUUGAUUUCAAGCGAGAGAAAGCGUUCAAAUUCGUUGAGGGCCGCCUACAAGGUCCUGAUGCGCACCAAGAGCUUGGGAGGCUUCAGUAGGAACAGCCUGAAGAAGCAGCACCAAAAUGGCAACGCCUCCCCUUGUGAAACGCUCCAGGAGGACUCCCGGAGCGAAGCGCUCUCUCCGACCGACCCCAAGCCGCGGCCCCUGUCGGCCAUCGAAGUCUUCAGGCACGCGGACAGCAGGCUGCCCUGCAGUCCGCCUCCGUACGAGCAGGCGGUGCACAGCGCGCUUCUUGCUCCGCGCUACGGUUCCAUGACUGUAUACGACGCCAUAGCUCUGGAAAGAAGAUCCCGCCCGUCUUCUGGGAAUUAUUCCUUCCCGCCGAGCUACUUGGACAAUCGCCCCGUCGACAGUUGCAAGCAAGAAGCACGGGAGGAAAUUCCGGGGCGCAGGCUGGUCUCCCGCCAGAGGGCCGCGUCCGAAUCCGUGUCCGCAGCGGCGGCUCAUCGGGAGACCGUAUCCCGGAGGUGCAGCCAGCCUGUGUUUGAGGAAUUUCAAUAUGCUAAAGAGUCCUACGUUUGACUGACCACACAACCCAUAGCUUCAGGACCACUUUUCACCGUGUGUUCUACUUUUGGCCGGACUUUGAUUCCCCCCCCCGGAUAAUUGUGCCUCAGCAGGACAUUGUGCCCCCAAUUGCUCCCCUACGGUUCAGUCAUUCUGGACUCUGACGUAACGCCGACGGGCCUCGUGACAAAGCGACUGUGUUUCCAGGCUGCAGCCAUUGAAAAAAAAUGAACUUUUCGUUCUCCGCCCGCGGUUCAACUCUGCCGGAGGAACGCGCGCUCAUAUCAUGGGAUCGGUUUAUUGUUCUCUGAACUCUGUUUUUAUCUAUACCGCAUUAUGUUUAAAUGUUUGCACGUAGAGUACAUGCCGUUCCCGAGUAGUACUAUUAUAGAGUACACAUGUACAGUCUUGAUAGAUAAUGUAGUCUAUCAAAAUGAAGCUAUGAAGGUACGUUUGUCUCUUUUGAUUCUAAUAUUUAAUGCAGUACUGUGCAAAAGUAUUUGGCCACCUCAAUCAGUGUUGUUUUAAUGACGGGCAUUUUCAUAUAUAGCAAGUUUUUGUUGUUGCGCAUUUUCAACUACUACUGUACACAGCAAAUGAAAGUAGGAGUGGGCGGCUUACACUAAAUGUCACUUUCGUCUUUUUUAUUUUGAAUUUUGCAAAGCUAAGAUAAACAACACUAUAAUGGCCUUGGACUUUUGCGCUUUACUAUAUUUAAAUAUAGUCGUGACUCAAAUGUCUUGCUUGCUUGUUUUAUUGGCCUUCUCAUUUCACUACAUUAAAAUACAUUGUUGUCAAUAACAUAGUUCAUUGUUUGUAAAUAGAAAAUAAAUAAAUAGCAGCAGCAAUUUGGAUUACAGCAACUUUUGAGUGGAAUAAGUAAAAACUGUCAAGAUCAACUUCUCUUUCGUCCAAUUGUUGUGCAACAAAGUGACAAAGAGUCAUUGAGAGAACGGUGUGUUGUGACGCAUACGCAAAAAAAAAAAAAAAAAAAUUAAACCAUGACAAGGAAACCAGAAAGGGUCACAUGAACGGAUUUGGUUUUUCUCUGAAUUGUUGUUCCCUUACUGCGAUCUCAAAUGUUCUUCCUUCCGUCUUUAUCAGCGACUCGCUUUAAAUCAAAACCAGAAAGUCAUCGUCGCUAGUAUCUGAAAUAUUUCAUUUCACGUGUACUCAAGGAUUAGUCAUUUUUAUACAUACAAAUCAACAGUAGUGAAGAAACUGUGGACUAGUAUAUUUACUGUAUAUUGUACUGUAAAUGCAACACUAGUAAGGAUACGCAGUUAUGUCAUGAGCAGGCCGGUGGGGCGUGGCCUGGCCACUGCUCUGGGUGGACUCAUCUCUGACACCCGUCAACGGUCACAGCUGUUUUGCACGAGGCACUGUGAUUAGACCAAAUAUUUAAGUUGGAGCUUUGUCACCAGCAUUUACCAUUUCGUUGCCCUGAGUUAUUGAGUUGCAUUCACUGACAGUCGAAAUCUCCACCACUGAAAAUAGUGUGUUGUUGAGCUAUCCUCGUCACAGUUUAAUCCUGUCUUAGUUUGUUUCAUAGUCAUAGUCAAGACCUAGUUCAUAGUUGUCUCCUAGUCAUCAGACCUCCCUGCGUGUCUUUUGGAUCCUGCCUAGCCUAGCGUUUCUGUACCUCUGCCUUCUUCGACUGCUUACACCGUGUAUGACCUCAGCUUUGAAAAAAACUACGCCUAACAUCAUCCCCUCGUCUCGGAGUCCUGCAUUUGGGUCCAGCCCCGCACCAGAGCCAGAAAGACACGAUCGGAACGUACACUUUCUCCAGCCGUCCCAGGCCCGUUGAGAACCGCUCC